AUGGGUCCGCGCCUUCAUCGGUGCGCGCCGCUGCGCUCCCCGCCGGGCGUCCGGCGCUCCCGGCUGAAGCCGGCCGCCCGCGUGGCGCCCCAGGCCGCCUCCGCGCUGGCCUCUCAGGGCGGACCGCGGUGCGCAUCAGCCCCGCUGGCUUCUGUGCCGGUCGCCCCAGGGCCCCGCUGGGUCGCUGGCGGCGCCGGGGGCGGCCCCGCUGGGCACACCGGCGCCGCUUCGCCAGGUGGCAGUGGCAGCGCGCACAGCUGUCCGCGCACUGCCAGCGCCCCGCCCCGCGGGGUGCAAGCUAGCCAUGGCGGCGCCGCGUGCGCGCGUGGCCCCGCCGAGGCCUGGUCCACGUACUGGAGCGUGCUGGACAGUUUCUGCCAGGCUGUUGGCAAGGAAAAUGCCGACAUGAUGACAGCGCUGAGCAGGGAUAGAGGGUGUUCUGCAAGGCACCCAGACGGCGCGCCUCCGCGCGAGGUGUCGCAGGCCAUGGUCGAGGCCCGCGCUCAGGGUGCCGAUCUGCUUCGCGUAGCGGACACGGUGGUGGAAAACUGGUUCCUGAGCAAGGCAGUGCCGUCGACGCUCUCGACGUACGCAUCUCAUUUGCGCAUGAUUGCGUGGGCGUCUGAGCUCUUAGUUGAGCCCCCGCUGGGUUGUAGUGUGCAACACAUACGUAGGGUCGCUGCUGUGUGCGCAUGUGCCGCCACGCAGCGCGGGUGGCUGAGUGCGUUGGCCAUGGCGCACCAGGUGGCAGGCGUGCCCUGGCAGGGCGACCGCGACGCCAUCUUGCGCGGGGCCCGACUGGGCACCGUGAAGGGCAGGACGCCCCGCCUGCCCAGGCACCGCGUCGACAAAGCGCUUCUGAAGACUUUGUUGCGGCACGCCUUUUCGCAAGGCCGGGCGUGGUGGUGCCUCAUAGCUGUAGUCACGUACAAUUUCUUGUUGCGCAUGCCUUCGGAGCUGUUUCGCCAGUGUCGGCGGGGUUUGCUACAAGUUGCAGGCAAUCGUUUCCUUUACGGUCCCAUUCGGCGCAAGCGGCGCCAGGACUUUUGCACCGCGUUUGCCUUUUGCCUUUGCAACACGGAUGAGGCGCUCUGUCUGCACACGUGGCUCCCGUUGCUGGACGAGCAGGCCCGGGCGAGCGCCAAUCCGCCGCUGGGCGGUUUCACGCCGGCGUCGUGGACUCGAGAGUUUCGCGAACACCUGGCCACCGUAGGGGUGCCGCGGCCAGAAGAGUGGCACGGCCAUGACAUCCGGCGAGGCGCUGCCAGGGACGUGUUUGCAGCGUCUGGCGUUGAGGCCAUGCUGUCCCGUGGUGGGUGGCGUUCCCUUGCCUCCGCCCGGCCUUACGUGUCGGGCGACGAGGUGGCAGCUGACCUGCUCGCGCAGGGCGUCAUAGACGACAGUGGCCCGGAGAAUUAG